AAGCGACUGUUCUAAGAAUCAUCAUGGCUACUUGUCAACAGAUGUAAACAUGCCAAUGAAGCACCGGGAACAUAGCAUCAUUUGGCGGGAUACGUGAUAAAAUACCUCCAAAUAUGGUGUGCACAGACUUACAACAAAACUGCAUCCUUAAUGAGGUCAACAAAAUAUGUCACAAGAUGGGGGAUCAUUCCUUCUGCGACAGCGUGUGUUGAGUGUAGGAUCUGAGAGAGAGUUGGAUGACUUAGCCGCAGCUCGCAGUGGGACAUCAGCUGACCUGCAGGCCCUGCACCAGGUCAAGGAAACUAUGGAAGACGACCAUGACAAUAACUCCUACUUAGACAUGUAUCGUCCUGGCACAGCGAAACCACCUCACCAUCAUCGGACAGAUGAUGGUGAAGAAGAUUCUACUCACAGACCAUCACAGGCUGACCGUGAUGUCAAACACAGGGCUGCUGCAAAAGUUGGUGCUCAAAGAGCUCCUGAGCAUAAAAACACUCAAAACAUGAAUCAGUGGAGUGUUGAUGCUUCUGACAAUUCGGAGAGUGGACCCACAAUUGGAAGUCCUGUUAAACUUAAAGAAAGUCUCCCUGAAGUUGAGAUAGUAAAAGCUGGAGCAUCAAAGGGAGGCUACUCUGAAGAAGCAGGUGUAAGUGAGGGUGUUUCUCGUGGCCCCCGGUACUCUAGUCACAGAAGCUACAAUGAGAUGCUGGAUAACAUGUCUGUUCAGGAUCCAUUUAAUACAGACUAUCAAUCUUCAGGAAAAUCAAAAUCUAAAAUUCCUAAGAAGAAGAAAAGCAUUUCACAGGACCAAAGUUCUGAUUCAAUUCCAAUGGGCAGGGUUUCAAAGCAGUUUACUAAGGAACCAAAGAAGCUGAGGAAAAAGCACCGUCAUCGUCACCACCACCAAGGCAGCGAGUCCCUCAACAGCACUGCUACGUACGUGAUCGAACCAGGCGUUGUUAACGAUGGAUACGAGGAUUCAGGGAGCAGUACAAGAAAAGGGAGCAAAGGUGUUGUCGAUGACCAUGUAAGUAACGCAACAUACACAUUAUCCGAAGGAGAACCUGAGAGCCAGGGCUUGAAGGAAAGUUUCAACAAGCUCAUGCGGAAACUUAACACAGUGAAAGUACCAUCUGGGCCGGCCGAGACUGGAAGCCACUUGAACCAGAGAGCAGUUUCUUCAUUCAUUUCAAGGAAAAUAAAGCAACGAGAGUGUAAGAAGUUUGCAAAAGACAAAAACUCAAAGAUGAACUCGUGUCUGUGCGGGCGUCCCAUACAAUGGCAUGAAGACCGAGGCAUCCACAUAGACCUGAAGAAACAUGAGAUCUGGAACAUGAAGACACACACUGAUACAAUGCCGUGUGAUUCCUUCGGAGAAAUUCUUUUUCGAGGAUUCGGUCAUGAUGUCUCUAACUCUCCGUAUGUGCGUGUGGACCCCAUCUGUGACCUGAACAAUAUCUGGACCAUCUUGACAGACCUGUGGGACCUGCCCAUUCCUAAACUCAUUAUCUCCGUGACCGGUGGCGCCAAGAGAUUUGACCUGAAGCCGCGACUGCGUAGACUGUUGAAGGAGGGGCUGUGUCACGCAGCAGCAAGUACAGGUGCAUGGAUGAUCACAGGGGGGACGUCGGCGGGGGUCAUGGAGUUUGUGGGGGAGGCAGUGCAGGACUACACCGCCGCUAUCGGCAACCCGGAGCACAACAAGGUCGUUGCACUCGGCAUAGCAACAUGGGGCGUUGUGGCAAAUAACUUUGCACUGGAUGGUGAAGGAGACGAAGGUCUGUUCCCCGCCACCUAUGCUGUGGAGGACGUUGAGGCCACGGGGUCAGGGUCGACGUCCCUGGAUCACAACCACACCCACUUCAUCCUCGUCGAUGAUGGCACAUCAGGGAAGUAUGGGGCAGAGAUCAAGUUCCGCACCAAGCUGGAGAGCUUCAUCUCAAGGAAGGUGGAGACUGGAGUGUCGGAGAGUCAGAGUGUGAAUGUCCCGAAUGUGCUGAUCGUGGUGGAGGGAGGCCUGAACACGAUGCGGACUGUCAGCGAAUCCAUCCAGCGUAACACCCCAGUGGUCGUCAUCGAGGGGUCGGGCAGGGCAGCCGAGUACAUUGCCCUCGGCUACAAACUCACAAAAAGCAAGGAUGAGGAGAAGAGCUCCUUUCCUCGAGACUUCAAUGCUAUUAUGACGGAGAAAGCUCGUAAGAUGUUUGUGUGGAAGUCAACUGACUCCGAAGUGGACAAGAAGAUUCAGGAGUGUCUGCUCAACCUCAGGGACUGCCUGGAGAAUCGCAGACUGAUAAACGUGUAUAACCUGGAGAAUGCUGCCUCCAUUCGAGACAUAGACAGAGCUAUUCUGUAUGCUCUGUUGAAGGCCAACAGGUCCAAUGCCAACUCCCAGCUGGCCCUGGCCCUUGCCUGGAACCGGUGUGACAUCGCACGCCAGGAGAUCUUCACCCCCUCCAACCGUAAAUACUGGCAGAAAAUUAACUUGUACGAUGCAAUGGUGACAGCCUUGGUUCAAGAUAGAACUGACUUCGUUCAGCUGUUCAUUGACAACGGUUUGGACAUUAAACGCUUCCUGACAGUCAAGACUUUGUGGAAUCUCUAUGCCAAUAUGAUCAAUGAUAUGGGGGACACGCAGGCAGAGCUCAUCAGGAACCUGCUAGCCUACCAGCGGCAAACAUGGGCAGCAUAUUUGUGUUGUCAAGGAGCAGCUAGAUGGCAAUACUGCCCCGAUCUCCUCCAGUUCAUCGGCAAGAUCAUCAUGUAUCUCCUCCAGGACCAAGCCAUGCUACUGUAUAAUGAUAAGAAGUACCUGGUAGAUGUGACAAGGCCUUCUAUGUCGUGGUUGGGUGAUCCUGGUACCAUCAAACCACUAAUGAAGAGGAUCACUCAGGAUGGCCUUCAGAUGCAAAGAGAAGCUGAGGGCCACAUCAGCCACAGAAGCAAACUCAAGGUCAGGGAAACAUUUGAGUUCACCAACCCUGAGAAGCACCUGUUCCUGUGGGCUAUCCUCUUCAACAGGCGGCAGAUGGCACACCUCUUCUGGAAGCUGGGCAAAGAUCAUCUCACAUCAGGUCUGGUGGCUUCUUCUCUCCUCAAGACGAUGUCAGAUGUCGCAGAGGACGAUGAGGAGCUGGAGAUGAGUGCUGACCUCCUGGACCAUGCAGUCCAUUUUGAAAAGCAGUCUUUUGAUGUGCUAUCUGAAUGUUAUGGUCGAGACAAACGCCAUACCCAUACACUGUUGGUGUGCGAGCAGUUGCAGUGGGGUAAGACUACUUUGUUCAAGCUGGCUGACGCCCACACCCUGAUGGACUUUGCCGAACACAGCGCGUGUCAGACCAAGCUGAACGACAUCUGGAAGGGGAGGAUGGCACUGUACACCCCAGAGUGGAAGAUCAUUAUAACAAUCCUACUUCCAAUCCUGCUACCAUUCAUCAAGUUUACCAGCAACAACUCCAUCGUAGACAUGUUGGAGGGGAAUGACAGUGAUGAUGAGGAGCUAAUGGAUGACAGUCAGUCUCCAGGUCACACGCCAGGACAUACAGCCGAGAGCCCCAGCAAGGCUAACCAGGUGGAGCCAGGCACUGACGAUGCGGAGUACACACCAGCGAAGUCACGGAGGAAGAGGAAACAGAAGAAGAGGAAGCUUUACACGGUCAACCUCAUGGACUUCAGCCGCUCCAGCAUCAACAUCUUCACAGCCAUCUUCUACUUCUAUGCUGCACCAGUCACCAAGUUCUACUGUAAUGUGGGGUCUUACAUCGGCUUUCUGUGCAUCUUCAGCUAUUUUGUACUAAUUGACCUCCGACCUAGUACCGAGGCUGACUCUCCCUCGGUGUAUGAGAUGGUGACCUGGGUGUGGCUCGUCACCAUGUUGCUGGAGGAGUGCAGACAGAUCUUCAUCCGUGACCAGCGGUCAGUUCGGUACAAGAUUCAGAACUGGUUUAGUAACAUCUGGAACCGGUUUGACCUCCUGAUCUACACUCUGUUCAUUAUCUCCAUCGUCCUGCGCUACAACCUGUUCACCUCCAGCUUCGUGUGGGCGCGCAUGUCCUACAGCAUCACCCUUGCCUUCUACUAUCUCAGGUUCAUGCAGUUCUUCUUCGCAGCUAAAAACAUGGGGCCCAAAGUCAUCAUGAUCAGGAAAAUGUUGACAGACCUCCUGUUCUUCUUCUUCAUCCUGCUGGUGUUUGUCCUGAGUUUCGGGGUCGCCUACCACACGAACCUGUACCCCAAUCACAUCCCCAGCUACAAGAUCCUUAUCAACGUGCUGUACCUGCCCUACUGGCAGAUGUACGGCGAACUCUUCCUGGAACGGGUGCAAGGUGAGGAUGACCCAUCCAGCUGUACCCGGAAUGAGACCUUGUGGCGAGCUGACCUGGCACCGCGGUGUCCGGAGCCCAAUGCUCUGGUGUCCAUCCUGCUGGCCGUGUACAUGAUCCUCACCAACAUCCUGCUGGUCAACCUUCUCAUCGCCAUGUUCAGCUACACGUUCCAGACAGUGCAGGACAACUCCAUGAAGAUCUGGCGCUACUACCGCCUGUCUCUGGUGUUCGAGUACUUUGACCGGCCCACCCUCGUGCCCCCCAUCAUCAUCAUCAACCACAUCUACCGCCUCUUCAUGUGGGGAGUCAACCACUGCUGUCGCAGCUGCAAGAGAUCAAAUGCUUUCAGUGAGAGCGGCCCCACAACGUUAGGGGGAAAGAUAGAGGAGCGACUGAAUGAGAAAGAAUAUGCCAGACUCCAAAUAUUUGAGAAAGUUGCAAUGGAAAAUUAUUUGUCCAGAUCCAUGAUACGACGCCGAGAACAGCUGGACAACCGAGUGGCCUCUACAGCUGAGAGAAUAGAGAAUGUGAUGCAUGAGCUGGAGAUGAUCAGAGAGACCGUGUCUCAGUCAGGUCAACAAUCACUCACGGAGGAACAGAUGCAGCAGCUUGCUACCCUGGACACCAUGACAGCACCCAGACCUGCGACUGGUGAGACGGCCUACGUGCGUCAGUGUGUGGACGACCUGUCUGAACAGGUGGGGCAGAACACCAUGAAGCUGAGCCAGAUGAUGCACAUGAUGGAGCUGCUUGUGGACGGUCAGACUCGGGGGGAAGGGGGACGGCGUUCACGGGAGGGGCACACCAGUCGCUCACAUGGAAGCCUACAUGGGCUGACCAUCUCCGAGGUCACCCACGGCGAUGAGGAGGAGGAUGCAUAAAAGAGAAGAGGAUGAUUGACAGGAUAAUACCUUAAAAUUCCAGUGAUGCUCUUCUUCAGCACUCUCUGUAAAUCAGCAUAUCACUACUCCAGUGCUCUCUGUAAGCCAGUAUCUGUUGGAUUUAUUUAGUGUCCCUAGGCAAUCUCAUUAAAAUCAGACCUCAGUUCUCGCUACAGCUAAACAAA